AGUGUUGCCUAUAAGAGCCGCUGAUGCAGCCGCGCCACACGUCUCCAGGACAUCGCGAUGCAACAGGCAGCAGCCGCCGGACUUCUCGCAGCGGCGCUGUUACUGCCUCUGGUGUCACCAUACCCGCAGCUGGGCAGAGAACCAGAUACCUCAUCGGAAACAGACGAUGACGAUAUCGGCCCCAGGCACAUGUUCGGAGGCGGCUGGCGAGGAAACGAGCUGUGGCGCGACAGGUGGCACCCCAGGGAGUGGGGGCGUCCACCGUUCUUCCGCCCCUCACGUUGGCCUCCGCGAACGCCUCCGCCGCUGCCGCCGCCCCCGCCAAUAGACCCGGAUGGCCCCUUCAUACCUUUCGAGGAUACUGAGCCCUCCAGCAGACCUUCCACCACAACGACGACGACAGCUGGUGGAACGACGCGCCGAGGGUGUGACUGCCCAGUCACCAGCGAGUUCAACCCUGUCUGUGGUACCGACUUGGUUUCCUACCCAAACCCGGGUCGCCUGCACUGCGCCAGAGACUGCGGAAAGCGUGUGGAGAUCUACCACAUGGGUAACUGCGUGACGACGUCCACAGCACAGCCGAGAGGCGCCGGCGGCUAGCCGUACGUGCCAUGCGUCGUAGGCGCUGCGGAGGCGCCAAGUCGGGCAACACGACCCACACCAAAGGCUGCAAGACCUGGUCGCAGCAAAAAUUAGCCUGCUCUGUAUUUAUAAUAGAAAGUAUAACGUAAUGAUUAACUGUGUACUUCUUAUUUGCAAUCUUCAAAAAAUAUUCUUCUUUUUAAUUUAUAUUUAAAUUUCUUUAAAACAUGAUUUAUAACUAAUCUUAGCAAACAAUGGAAGGAUGAAAGGUGCAAGGAAUCUACGAGGGUUGUGUAAGUGAAAUGAACAUAAAGGCAAUAUUACAGAAAGGAAAGAGGAAGUGAAUGAAGUUGAAAUGGGAGAUAUGACACUACUACACGUCUGUGACAGGCCAGUGAAAGACCUAAGUCGAAAUACGACUCUCGGAGUAGACGAAAUUCCAUCAGAAUUACGAAGAUUCUAUGGAGAAUAUGCAAUAACAUAACUGUUGCAUCUGAUAUGCAAGGUAUAUGAGACCGCCGAAAUGCAGCCAGACUUGAAGAUGAAUGUAGUAAUUCUUCUUCAAGGAAUACAGGUACUGACAGGUGCGAUUAUUACAGAACCGUCAGUUUGAUAAGUCAUAGAUGAAGAAUAUUGAUAUGAAUUAUUUGCAGGCGAAUGGAAAAAAAACUGGUAGAAGCCGAUCUCACGUAAGAGCAGUUCAGAUUCUGGAGAACGUAAGAACUCGCGAGCCAAUAUUGACACAAUGACUAGCCUCAGAAGUCCUGGCAAUGUUACAGGUUGGUUUCUGCAUUACUGCUGAUUUUUUCCUUCACAUUAGGCAGUAGUCCAAAGCAUAAUUCUGCGUCCAACGUUUCGUCUUCCUUCGCUGGAGAUAUGAUCAGGGGCUUUAAUGGCUCAGAUAGCGGAUGCAGACUCAAACAAGCUCUGCAAGCAGAGAAUUAUGCCUUGCACUACGCCCUAAUGCCCAUAAAACAAGUAACUGCAACAACUUAGGAGGUAAGUUGUAAAGUGCAUAUGAAGAACUGUAAACGGAUCGUAGCCAAGGUUCGACAUACAUUAGGCACCAAGAAUAAUGCAGAUGUAACCCUUGUGCGCAAUUUCUGGUUAAGUCACCUCACAAGGACAAAUUACAGGGUCGCCACCAGCCCAAGCCCUUCCUAACAAUUAAGAAAAGACCGAACAGAAAAUCAUCAGUUUAAUUAAAUUAAGAAUUUAAUUAUAAGAAUGCAAUUUUUUAAAGAAACUAAUAAGAUGAACAGAGUUGUAUGUCAUAUAUCAAUGAGCUUAAUUAAAUGUGAUAAUUUCUUAAUUUUGAGACAGUACACCGUUCACUUUGAUUUUUUUCACAUUUUUGUUCAUCACGAGCAAGUAGAUUAACUUAAAAAAUCAAGGAAUAGAGAAUUAAUUUGAAAACUGGCAUCAAUGAGAAAGAUAAAGGACGCAGAGUAAUCUU